CCGUCUGUUCCCAGCCCUUCAUUUCCUCCGUCACUUCGCAGCUGAACUAAACGAUGUCGAAAGCCGAAAAACGUGCCAAGUUCGAGAAGGUGUACACCGUCAUCCGUGAUGAGCUCGUCGAGCAUAUCAAAGCGCAAGGCAUGCCUGCUGAGGCUAUCGCUUGGUACACCAAGAACUUCGACUACAACGCUCCAGGUGGUAAGCUCAACCGCGGCCUGUCUGUCGUCGAUUCCGUUCAGAUACUCAAGGGGCGUGCCUUGACGGAUGAGGAGUACUUCAAGAGCGCUGUCCUGGGCUGGUGUGUUGAGCUCCUACAAGCAUUCUUCCUCGUCUCGGACGAUGUCAUGGACUCGAGCAUCACCCGCCGCGACCAGCCGUGUUGGUACCGCAACGAGGGUGUUGGCCUUAUCGCGAUUAACGACGCAUUCUUGCUCGAGGCCGCCAUCUACUGGCUCCUGAAGAAGCACCUCCGUGGGGACAAGUCAUAUAUCAACUUGGUCGAGGCGUUCCACGAGGCAAGCUUACAGACGGAGUUUGGCCAGCUCCUCGAUCUCAUCACUGCCCCUGAGGACAAGGUUGAUCUCAGUAAGUUCUCACUCGAGAGGCACCGUCUCAUCGUGCUCUACAAGACCGCGUUCUACUCCUUCUACCUGCCCGUUGCACUCGCUAUGUACUUCAGCGGCAUCUCGCACCAGGAGUCGCAGGACCCGUAUGCACUCGCAUCCUCGAUCUUGCUCCCCCUCGGCGAGUACUUCCAGGUUCAAGACGACUACCUCGACUUUGCGGGCACGCCGGAGCAGAUUGGCAAGAUCGGCACAGACAUCAUUGACAACAAGUGCUCGUGGUGCAUCAAUACUGCGCUUGCGUCCGCGAACGCCGAGCAGCGCGCUGUGCUCGAUGCCAAUUACGGCCGCAAGGACGCCGCGGCGGAGCAGCGCAUCAAGCAGAUCUUCAACGCCACCGGCGUCCACGAGAAGUAUGCCAAGUACGAGGAGGACGCGUACAAGCGCAUCAUGGGCCUCAUCCAGACCAUCCCCGAAGCUGGUCUGGGUGCCGAGGGCGAGGUGAAACUCAAGCGCGAGGUCUUCGUGAGCUUCCUCGAGAAAAUUUACAAGAGGCAAAAGUGAACGGAAUAAUGAUUUGGCUUUGAUACUUGUAUACCUUUCAUUUUGAGCCAACCAUCUGGUAUUUAUGGAUUGCUUGUGGGCG